AAGAACGGAAGUACAAAAACAAUGUUUUUUUUCCAUUCCUAGUAAUAAAAUACUUCUUGGUGUAUUGGAGGUAUGCCGAAUUAAUGAUUGGUAUACUUACUGAAUGGACAAAUAUCAUUGAGCUUGUUUAUGGUCGUUAUUAUGAAUCUAUAGCAAGUGCGCAUUAAAUCUUAGUUUUUUUGAAUGGAGUUUGGUGUAACCCGCUCGAGAGGGAACGUCGGGUUAGUAUCCAGCUGUUGCACUUGCGCGCAUCGUUACCUUUAAGAUGCCCGGAGGGGGAAAGCCUCGUUCAGCUAAGCGAGGUCCCGGUGACCGCGCGACGGUUGUUUAUUUAGGAAGCACCGUUGUUGUUGUUGUUGUUGUUGUUGUUGUUUUAAUGCGACAUAGAGGAAUCAACCGACAGAGCUGAUUCUCAUGCAUUUCGGAUUUCAUUAUCUGUCGGCCUACCGUGGAGCAGCAGCAGCAGCAGCAGCAGCAUCGGCGGCGGGUGGGCGGGGGCGAGAGGGACCUGCACGAGACGAGACGGGGUCCGCAAGGAGGGUGCGUGCACCAAAUACUUUCCCUUUAAAGCGGAGAGGGACAGAGGGGGUGAAGGAGAGAUAAAAAAAAAAAAAAAAAAAAGACAAGGAAGAAAGACCGAGAGGGAGGGAGGGCGAGAGAGAGAGGGAGAGCGAGUUUGAAAAAAAAGAGAAAGAUGUUACCCUGUCGAUUGAAACACCGAGGCGGAGCCAUGGACCGCGGCCGAGCAGGAGCUCUCUAGUCGGGGGACGAGCUGUACGCAACGCCGAGGCUUGGGACCCGACGCCGCGGCCUUUUUCCGGAGCUAUCGCAAAAAAAAAAAAAAAAUUACACCUGCUGACAGCUGCUAUGCUUAGCCAUACAUCCUUCUCAUCUUCAGUAUAAAAUCUCUAUUCUGCAUGCAAUUCACCAAAUUUUUAAUUCCAGUCGACAUAAGCAAAUUAUAUUAAAAAUGCACCAUUAAAGGGAAGCAUGAUAACAACCAUUUUGUCGCAUUUUACAAGAAGCAUCUUAGUGCCUGUUUAACGCCAACAGAUAUGCCAUAUGCAUUCAUAAUUAUCAGCCGAAUUACUAAUGAGUGUUAGCCGAUUUGAGCUAAGUGUCGUCCGCUGUCAUUCUAUAUUUUCCAUGAGUUAACCCGGGCAGGUAGAGGAGAGACACAGGCCUCAGAUUUGGGUUUUAUCGGCGGCAGUAGGGGCGCUUGGUCCUCGGCUCCGUCCCCCUCCUCCCUCCCCUCUUUGGUCCCGGGGUGGUUAGCUGUCCCCCCGCCGCAGUGUCCACGAUGGACACCUCCUGGAGUAAUUUCCUCUUUCAGACGCCGUCCACUCCGAGCCAGGCGGAGACCCCCCUGCAGUCGGACCUGCUGCCGGAGCUCAGCGGCCCGGCCCAGAGUCCUCCGGCGGACCACGUCUCCUCGCCGCCGUCCACCGUCGACACCGCCGCCCUCAGCGAGGAGCCGCUGCCUGUCAAGGUUCUGGCCAGGCCGGGCCGUCCGGCCCACGUCUGCUCCACCUGCAACAAGGAGUUCAAGAACAGCUACAACCUGCGGCGGCACCAGUCGGUGCACACGGGGAUCCGCAUGAAGGACCGGGCGGCGCGGGAGAAGGAGGACGGGGGGAAGGGGGGGCGGGGGGACAAGCAGACCGUGCCCCUGUCCCUCCUCCACCUCACGCUGCCCCUGCAGCCGGCGCCGGCGCUCCCCCCCAACGCCGCCGCCCCGGCCGCCCCGGAGAACCUCCCGCAGCACGCAAGCCAGGAGAGCCAGGCGGUGUCGGUGUCCAUCGCCCCGGCGACCGUAACCAUGGCUGCACCGCCUCAGCCCAUCCAGGCAGCAGUUGUUGUCGUGGGCUCCAUGGAGCAGGGACUCUGUCUGUCUCAGAACCCCAACCCCAACCAGGUGAGGAAGAACCACGCGUGCGAGGCGUGCGGGAAGGCCUUCAGGGACGUGUACCACCUGAACCGCCACCGCCUGUCCCACUCGGACGAGAAGCCGUACUCCUGCCCCGUCUGCCAGCAGCGCUUCAAGAGGAAAGACCGGAUGAGCUACCACGUCCGCUCGCACCAGGGCGCCGUGGAGAAACCCUACGUCUGUCCCCACUGCGCCAAGGCCUUCUCCCGACCGGACCACCUUAACAGCCACGUCCGACAGGUGCACUCUACAGAGAGACCGUUCAAGUGCACGGUAACGUCUUCAUCUGUCUCUUUACGGGAGUUCAGCCAAUAUGGGUUUGUGAAUCACAAAGACCACGAAACACUGGGUAGUAAUAAUGAGAUGAUGAUGAUGAUGAUGAUGAUGAUGAUGAUUAUUAAAUAA